UUUGUUUAUCAAAAUGGAUACCCCCUUUGUUGCACAAGUUACAGAAGACUUAAACACAAGAAAAAUAUUACAGACAAGGGAGACAAUUAUGACUUUCACAGGUAGGCCACCUAAGGAUGCAAGCCAUAUAGAAGAAGUGAAGCAUAUGAUUGAAACCUUUCCUCAUCCAAACUUGGAAGGUGUAGUUCACCAACAUGAUACAGGUGGAACAGUUCCAGUAGAUAGUGAUAUUUGGGGAAAACUUUCAGAUUGGAGAUCGCUCACACAGGAACAACAAAAUGAAAAUAAAGAGUUUUUAUUAACAAGAUUUAGUGUUGAAGAUUUACAGUUAGCAUGGGACCAAUAUUAUGUACAGAAAGGUAAAUAA